ACCAGGUGUGUAACUUGUUAAACUGCAUUUAUUGUCACUUUUCUACUUCAAUGAGGGAAGCCUUCCGUUCAGAUUUUUAUUGAAUUUCUCUGCAGGUGAAAACCAUCGGACGCCUUGGAUGUCGCGGCCCUGGCCUGCCUGAUGACGCGAGGCCUCCCACAUUGGCCGCCUCCCCUGGCAGAUGACCGGCCGAGCGGACAGCAGCGCCUCUCCGCCGGAGAAAACAGUCCAGCGCUCCAAGUCAUUCAGCCUGAAGGCCCAAGUGCGGGAGGUGUGUGCCACCUGCCAGAAGACCGUCUACCCCAUGGAGAGAGUGGUCGCCGACAAGCACAUCUUCCACCUGGCCUGCUUCUGCUGCAAGCACUGCAAUGCCAAGCUGAGCCUGGGCAGCUAUGCCGCCCUCCACGGCGAGUUUUACUGCAAGCCGCACUUCCAGCAGCUCUUCAAGAGCAAAGGGAACUACGACGAGGGCUUCGGCAGGCGGCAGCACAAGGAGCUGUGGGUGGCCAAGAGUACGGAGAGUGGCACCAAGACAGCAUGAAGACCGAGUCCUGGCGCCAGUGCCACGGCUCUCAUUUCUGCACUGACUGAGCAAAAGGGGACUUCCUACCCAAGUGUCCUUGCAGGCCUUGGCCGUGCCAGUCGCCCCGCUUUUACUUCUUUGCCCUCAGCGCACUCGCCUAUCAGAAAACUGGCAGCCAAACAGCCCCUUCAAGCAGAACAGACAAUUCCUGGGGACGUCACAGGCACCCGGAAUUCUUCACAGGUCACCAGCUGUGCGCAGGUCACAAAUGGUACUCGGCCUCUUUUAUUUUUUUGGUGGGCACAUGUGGUUGGUUAGAACUGCCCAGUGCUGCCAGUGUGGUUACUGCACCAAGUGAGGGGGGGUUGUGGUGCCACAGCAACACCAGGGGGGGGUGUUUGGCACUGCACACUUUUCUAUCUUGACUUCCUAGCUUUUCAGCUGCAGCCUGGCAUUGCUUCACUCACCUUCUGCCAGGGUACCCCCCCGCCCCCCAAUCUCUUCUUAGUAACACUGUGACAUUAAGAACCGUGAAUGGACAAGGCCCCUCAGUGCCACUCAUCAUGCCAGAGACCAAACUAUCGUGUGCAGGCAACUGCCACACAUGGCACGCCUUUUGUAUUGGCCCCCUGGGGCUUACAGGUGGUCACUUGGGCCUGCGUGACGUCUACCUCAGAGAGCAGAUAGGCCCCACUGCCACCCCUCCGACCAGGUGCCCACACUUAAGAGCUGUGCAGUGGCAGUAAGUGGACCAGCAGUGAGGCUGGGAAGCUUUGUGAUUACAUCAAGUGCCCGGUUUUUAGGGGGGGCUCCUCACAUCUGCCAGCUCUCCCUCCUGGUCUUGCAGCCCCCACCUCACUUCGGUCCCCGCGAGACUCGACCCUUCAUCACGUGGUCUUCGAUUGUCACUGCAUUUUUUUUUGUACUUUUUUUAUGCCUUUAAGAAACAGAGCUGGUGUGAAGUUCAGAGUGUCAAGGUCACCAAUAAAGGACUUGAACUCGUCAGCUGCCUCGUCCCUUUUCUGUCACACAGCAGGCGUCACUCGCGUGUCAUCGAGACAUAGGAUCACUUUAUUGACAUAAAUCUGAUACACUGGGCUGGCUUUGCACUGCAAGCUGCCUGUCGAUAAACAUUUGGAUACUUCAAUAUCAUCGUCAUCGUCGUCUACUGUACACGCACUACUGCUUCAGGAUCUCCCGUUCAGCGCCAGCCGCCGUGUUCUCCGUGCUCAAGGGGCCUUUCCUUCCAUGCCCACCUGGACGCUCCAGACACACCCACAGCCUGAAACAAAGCUCAAGGGACCAAGGCCGGGCACGAGGAGAGACCUUCUCAGCAGCAGAUGGCAGCGGGCUCAACGCCUGAGCACCGAGAAAACGAGCGCCGAGCUCAACGGGAACGUCAGGCCGGGAGAAAACGCCACCUCCGUCCGUCAACUCUGGAGAGUUCACCCCAAGCUGGCACCACACGUGUGGGCAGGAACAUGUAGUAUG